AACUAAUGAGUAGUUUUCCAUUAUUUACAAGUGCAAGUUUGCUUGAACUGUUUAUGUAAUUCAUCCUACUUUAGUUCAACGUUCGAGCUCCUACUGCGCUUUGGAUGGUGAGGCUUCUCAUCAAGCUGAGACUAGCAAAGAGCAAGUAAAUGGGCUACGAUCAAAUAGGUUAUCAUCCUGUGGAUCUGACUCCAAUCUUUCCAAGAUCGAAGCAGCUGAGUCAACAGACUGGAUGUUUAUCAGUGAGGCGGCCAGGUGCGGUGACGUGCUAGGUCUGCUACGGGCUCUUGCAGCAGGCGCUGAUAUCAACGGUUCUCGUAAUGGCACCACGGCAUUACAUGUUGCUACGAGAAAUGGUCAAACUGCCGCCGUCGAGUUCCUUUUGCUGAAUGGUGCGAAAAUCAAUGUACUCGAUGACAAACUGAACACUCCUCUCCAUCUUGCUGCUGCAGAAGGGAACACGUUGUAA